AUGGUUAGAAUGAAAAGAAGAUCAACUUUAGUGACUUUAGCUUUUCUUAUGUUCAUGGGUAUUGCUGUCUAUUUCAGACUCUGGGCUAUUGACUAUAACAUUUCUAUUGAUGACUCUGAUAUCUUAAGGCGACAGUUUGAUAUUGCUAAUAGGGAGGCUAUGGAUGAAUCUGCUGAAUGGAGGCAAAAGUAUGAUACAGAGGUAGAUAGGGCAAAUAAGUGCAUCAAGGAACUUCAAGUGUUUAAGGAGUCCUCUCCGAAAGCGGGGGAUGCUACUGGUUCUGGUAUUAACCAUAAAUUUGCAGUACUACAAAAGGAGAAUGCAAUGUUACUUGAAAGAGUGGAAACAUUAAAACGAGAGCUCGAAGAGGAAAAGUCGAAGUGCAAUUCACGAUACAUGAACUAA